AUGAUCAGAAGAAAUCUUCGAUAUUUAGCGGAGAUUGCUUCCAAACGAGGCUGGCGAUAUGACUUGGCCGCUGCUUCUGUCUCCGAAUCUCUUUCCGAUCCCGAAUUCUACGCUUCUCUGAAUCCAUCCAAACCCUUCGAAUCCCUCUCCGACCAAGAGCUCACCAACUUCAAGAACAACCGCCGCGAUUUCCAGCUCAAGAAAGUCUCCCAAAUCGCGGCUUCUUCCGGCAUCGGGAAAAUCGAGGACUUCGAAAAUGUGUCUUCCUGCCAGCUUUUGAAUUUUGUUGAAGAAGCGGAGCAAUUUGCCGCGAUUGCCCCUGAAGAUGAGAAGUUUUUCCUUGAUCUAGCAACUGCUUACUUUUCUUGCGACAUUGAAAAAGCUGAAGAAUUCAAAAGAAAAUACGAGAAAACUCACUGGAUCCCCGCUUUCUUCGACCAAAAUGCCUCCGAAAACGAUCAAAUGAUCGAUCGAACUCUUUUCAACAGCUACAUUCCGCAUGUUUCCGCGAUUCUAGCGAGGAAAGAAAUCGAACAACUGAAGCAAAACGACAAGAAAAUCACUAAAAAAGAGCGAGAAGCCCUUGGUUUCAGACGCUUGCCAAAUCCCUUCGUCAUGUUCGCCAGAGAACUGCGGCAAAAGCUCAAGGAUCAAAAAUUAUCUGCAGCGGAUGUUAGCGAAGCUUGGAAUAAACUUUCUCCAGCUCAAAAGGAAAUUGCCGAGAAAACGCAUCUUCAAAGAACCGCGGAAAACGACGCUAGAAACGGAGCGAUCGCGAAAAAGCUUCUCAACGAUCGAAACUGGAAUCUUUUGACUAAAGAAGAAAUCAUCCUUCACGGGGAAGACUCUGAUCUCUUCGAGUUCCAGAACUUUUGGGAGAAGAAAACCGCCGCUUUUGACGCUUAUGUUCCAGAAAUCGACCCAAUUUUGAAGAUUGAAAAGAUCUCAGACACGGAAAUGCGCAAAAAUAUCCGAAAGCAGCGGAGUUUCCCUAUCAGAACGAAUAAACUGCAGAUUACGAAGAAGAUGAAGCUCCCAGGGUCCACGAAGGAAAUUUUCGAAAAUAUGACAAGCGAGAACAAAAAGAAGCUCGAGAAAGAAUUCGCGCUCUCGACAGAACAGUACAAGAAAGACUUCCUUGCUGCUCGAAAACGCGCGAUCGCGGAUAAGGCUUACCUAGCCCUGACAAAAGCGGAUAUUCUUGAGCUUGGAACGAAGCAAGAGCAACAAGAAUGGACCGAAGCCUGGGAAGAAUGGCAGGCGAAAACCUCAUUUUAG